GCAUUCAGGCAGUAGCCGUCUCAUAAGCCGGAACGAUUUGCUGUGAAUUUCCACAAAAACCACGUUUACCUAACGAAUAAUUUCCCAAUCACUUUUAACCAACGUGUAACUACACGACGAGACCAAAAAUCAGUUGGUAAGGAUCGAGAGGCAAAAUCGGUGCUCACGAAAGGGCCAUCCAUCUGUCCCAAUUUUUCGGUACCCAGUGCGGGUCACGACUGAAUUUUCACGCUAAAAGGCGGCCGUCCAGCAGGGCGUUACCAUUUUAUAUGACUUUUCUUCGACGUCAAGAAACAUCCAGGGUAUCAUCCAGAGGGAAAGGAUCGGUUAUCAUCAGAAGCGGCGGUGGCAGGAGCUUGUCCAGGCAUCGUAGAUCCAAAGUCAGCAUCAUAACAUCAACAAGUUUAAAUUCAAAUAGUUUGCGUUCACCCGGGUCGAGUCUAUCGACGUGGUGUUCAGAUAUUUUUGAGGUGACGAGAUACGGAUCAGCAGCGUGUAUGAUCAUUGAAGACAAUCCCCCUCUGCCCACCAGACCGAGGCAUAAUCCUUACCAAGAUACCACCCAACGUUUCCUGAAUCACCUGAUCCUGCCCAAGCAUAGGACCUCAAAAUUUUCCAGUAACAGACAUCGAAAGCUUCAGCCAUUCAGAGAAACGUGACUGUCAUCAUUAGACGUUGCGGCGGACGACACCGCAAACGAAUUGAACCACCCUGUCUCGACACGUAUUAAAUUGCCACUUGGUAGCAUCAGUAACCAUCGAUCGUUAUCCACAGGCGAUCAAACUGACGCUGAAAAACGUGAACGAGCAUUGCGCACGCAGGUCAAGAACUAAGACGUUGUUACCAACUUGAAUUCCACAGGAUCAACCCCAAAAAAUUCAAAAUUUUUAUCAUUAAAUCAAUAGAACAAUAGUUAAAGUAUUAAAAUCGAGAGGCCAAGGUGGCCUUGUUGAUAAUCCAGCAAAAACGUCACUAAAAAUCGAAAAAUUGAAAAAUCAUACUAUCAAAACACACAAGUCAGUUAUUAAAUUCAAGCAAAAAUGGGAAGCCUAAACGUGAAUCGCAACGUGAGUGAUGCAUUCUAUCGUUAUAAGAUGCCUCGUAUACAGGCUAAAGUUGAGGGUAAAGGAAAUGGAAUAAAAACAGUUAUUGUCAACAUGGUGGACGUGGCAAAGGCUAUUGGCAGGCCCGCAACCUAUCCGACCAAAUUUUUUGGAUGUGAAUUGGGCGCACAAACGCUAUUCGAUUUCAAGAAUGAACGUUUCAUUGUCAAUGGAUCACAUGAGGCAACUAAACUACAGGAUUUGUUGGAUGGUUUCAUAAGAAAGUACGUUUUGUGUCCAGCGUGUGAUAAUCCAGAGACUGAGCUGCUGGUCAGUGCUAAGAAGGGAACCAUCUCUCAGGGCUGCAAGGCAUGUGGCCAUCAUGGAUUAUUGGAGAGUAAUCAUAAGCUCAAUACCUACAUCUUGAAGAAUCCUCCAAGCCUGAAUCCCGCAGCCCAGGGCAGCUCCUUGACAGAAGGUAAACGAGGUAAAAGAUCGAAGAAGGCAAAUGGCGAUGCCAAUGGAGAUCGCUCUGGCUCUCCUGACAAUGACACAAGUACAACCGAUAUCGUCGUUGAGGCACCCGAAAUCAUCGCCAAAGACGAUGAUGAUGCUCAAUGGGCUGUCGACGUAUCUGAGGAAGCUGUUCGGGCACGUCUUCAGGAUCUCACCGAUGGAGCUAAGGGUAUGACAAUUAGCGAGGAUCUGGAUAAAACUGAGAAGGAGCGAAUGGAUAUUUUUUACAAGUUGGUCAAGUGUCGUAGAGACGCUGGCCAGCUUGACAAUCACAAGGAAAUAUUUGCUGAAGCUGAACGCCUGGAAAUAAAAACCAAGGCACCCCUCGUUCUUGCUGAACUACUUUUUGAUCAGGGCAUUGCUGGUCAGGUCAGAAAACACCGAGUUUUGCUGAUACGUUUCACGCUCGAUGAUAUCAAGGCACAGAAAUAUUUGAUAAGGGGAAUCGAACAGGUAAUUGCCCUCCAUAAGGAUGCGCUCAUGCCCAAGGUGCCCGGUAUUUUCAAGCUCUUCUAUGACACUGAUAUUCUGGAGGAAAAGGCGUUGUUUGAGUGGGCGAGUAAAGUGAGCAAAAAGUACGUAUCAAAGGAUAUUUCCCAGGAGAUUCAUGACCGAGCUGCUCCAUUUAUUACGUGGCUCAAAGAGGCAGAGGAGGAGGAGUCUGAUUCCGAGGACGAGGAUGAUGAUCUAGAGAUUGAAUACGACGACAGAGCUAAGCAGCCAUUGAAACAGCAGACGCAGAAGCAACCCCAAACCCCGAAAAAACCUAUUGAGGAUGACUCCGACGAGGGCGAUGACUUUGACAUUGACGCCAUUUAAAAUGAAUCAAGGCUUACUCAAAUCAUUAUGUCGACCAGGCUGUUUAUCUCUUUCACUCCAAGAAAUAUGAUAGGAAAAUAAUGAGGAAUUAUUCAAUUUGAAAAUAUAUUAAAACCACAAUUACACAAAUUUCCUUAUCUCUGACCAACAAAACUCCGCCAAGAGGAUCUUUUAGCCCUAAUCAACGUUUACACGCCUUAUUUUUAUGAUGGAUGUUUUAAUUGUUUUCUUUAUUAUUUCUAUUGAAUAAUUAUCUACGAUUAUCUUGCAUUGGAGUUCCCAAAGUUCGUAUCUGUCCCGUCCUCGCACAUGCAGCCCUUUUUCACUCGAUUAUUACUAAAAAUUCGUAUUUUUAAACAUAUGUUUUUAUUGAAAAAUGAUUUUCGGUAUUCAUUGGGAAAGUUUAUUUGAUAACCGUUUCGCCGAUAUACCAAUGUACUAUCCUUAUGUAUGAAUAAAUAUGAUUUCUCGCUA